AUGUCAUCAAAUCACAUUGUUUUAUUUGCUGCAGGGCGUCCAGUGGAGAGGAAGAGUUGGGGCCGUGGAGCGAGGAGGAAAGCUGGCAGGCAGCAGCCCACCGAUGUGGAAGCCUUUGAUCCGGAAGUGGUUGCGGAGGUCAGAGAACUCUUCAAUAAAGUCAGGACAUACGUCAAACCGGCCAAUGGGGAGUGGUGUAUCCCUGAUCCCAGCGAAGCACUGAGACACCCGGCCCAGGACCACGUCCUCCUGCAGACCCUGAAGACGUCACUAAAUGAGGUGAAGAACCGACUUAGCGAUAAGGAUCUGGAAGUCUGGCACCAACAUACCAAUUCCACCAACCGUGCCGGGAAGGUCAUUGGUACUGUGCAACUGUUCAUCUGUGAGGCUCCAGGGGCUUUCGUUGCCGCUCUGAACCACUACCUUAAAACCAGCCAGCACACGCGCUACUGUGACUGGAGUUGGGCAGCCAACACACUCAACCCCUAUCACGAGGCCAACGGAGGGGGCACCACCAUCACAGACAACCGCCUCAUUGCCAACACGCUGCCCUGGUGGUUCUUUGGCUCGGACAACACAGGAGACAUCAUGAGCCAGAGGCACCUGCUGGAUCUAAAGGGCUUUGUGGGUAACAUGCGCCGUAUUGACGUGGUGACGGCGGACGGGAGCUUUGACUGCCAGGGGAACCCCGAUGAGCAGGAGGCCCUGGUGUCAUCGCUGCACUACUGCGAGGCUGCGGCCGCACUCUUCCUUCUGGGCCCAGGCGGCUCGUUUGUACUGAAGAUGUUCACUCUGUACAAGCACUCCUCCGUCUGCCUGCUCUACCUGUUAAACUGCUGCUUCCGCUCCGUCAGCGUCUUCAAACCGGCCACCAGCAAAGCAGGGAACUCUGAGGUGUACGUCGUCUGUCUUCACUACGAUGGUAGGAAGGCUGUGAGGUCCCUGCUGUCCAAGCUGAUCCGUCACUUCGGGCCAGACCUGGCUGUCUGGGAGGCCCUAUUCCCCAGCCAGCUCCUCCCACAGUCGUUCCUGGCGCAACAUGAGCAGGCGUGCUCCUACUUCCAUGCCCUACAGACAGGGAUGAUUGGGGAAAACCUGAAAUUGUUUGAGGGCCUGAAUGAGAAACAGAGGCAACGACUGGAAAACAUCAGGGACUGCACUGCUCAGGAGUACCUCAGCGCUUCCAGGUGAGUUCUCUGCCACGGGCUCGCUGGUUGUCUCGUAGCACAGUGGCCCCAAUGUGUUGCAGCGUUACGGGUCGGAGGCCCCUGGGCAAGAAGAAUCAGAUGGGCUCCUUUAACCAGCGGAGGGAGCUGCAGGCCCUGGGCUGGAAGGAGCGUGUUGGGAAGGGCCGCUACGCUGCCUGGGUGGAAGGGCACGGCCCCGAGGGCAUGGGGGCAUGCUGUGUGCUGGCAGGGCCGCUGGCAGAAUAUCAUAUGGACACCUGGUUUGUGAUGGUGGGGGCAGCCCUCCCUGUAGUCAGGAACUCACCAUUCUGUGAUGGGGGUCUGUUGAACCACCUCAAUGAAGCAUUGGAGCAGGCUGCCCUAGGCUCAGGCAUGGACAGGUCAGCUGCCUGGACUCUGGUCCCUCCCUGUAGCUCCUGCCCAAUGGUUUGUAACACCUCCAUCCUCUCAGAGGUGGCAGCCCUAUGUGACAACACUCCCUGCAAUGGCAAGGGAAACAGAAAGUGCCUAGUCUUUGGCAGAGCGUCGUGGUGGGGGGAUUGUGAGGAGCAGGCUGUGGGGUUGACGCUGGAGUUCCGUUCGGAGCCCUCGUUACCACCUACGGCCCGCACCACUCUGCAUGACGGGGAGCCGCAGUAUCAGAGAGACCUGCUGGCCUGCGUCCUGCUCUCCCUGCACCGCAUGGGACCUGGCGACGCCCUCCUCCUGCCCAUCCUCUCCGCCUUUACUUGCGUAACCGCGGCAACCAUCCUUUGCCUCCACCUGUCCUUCCGCUCCAUCACCUUCAGGUGUCCUUCUCCAGGUGCUGCGGGGGCGGUGCUGGUAUGUGUGGGGUUCUGGCCAGAGGCUGCCGCUCGACUCCUUCCCCACCUCGGUGACCUACAGGAGCAUAUGGGCUGCCUGGCCAGGGGGGGAGGAGGACACUGACAGUCUGCCUCCUGGAGGCCAGAGACAGGUACUGCAGUUUGUUCCCAUGGAGGAGCUGCUCAAAGGAGAGCUGACAGAGUUCCUGUGGACCAUGAGGCUUAGCUGGGGUCAACAGAGGGUCUCUGGGUGUCUCGGGUGGAUUGUACCAUAACCUGGCCUGAAAACAAGCACUGACUAGCUAAUUUAUCUAGCCCCUACCCCAUCAGUGUUGACAGAUGUGAAGGAAGUGGAUGGAUGGAAGCUCCCCCUAAACUUAAUCCCAUCUGGUCCCUUCAGAUCUGUAUCACAGAAGUGGGAUGGGGUUGUUUUUGGACCUUGCAACUUUCAUUAUUUAAUAAGGGCACAUUUGGUCCCUGCUUUGAUGAAAAUUAGAGACAAGCAAUGCGGUGAAGUAAAUCUAUUUGAUAUCUUUUGAUUGGUGCUGUGAUUAUUUUUUUUCAUGAUUGUCAACAGUUAAUCUGUUCAAAUCAGGACAACAUUUGGUCACAUUUCCCUGGGUCUCUGAUCUAAUGUAUUUUUAGGACAGCACAAUAACUCAUGUAUUGCUGAUUCAAGUUAUUUGAAGUAAAAAAUACUUUUCAUAUUAGUUUCACUAUUAAAUAAAAACAUUAUCAUGCAGUUUGUUAGGACUUAAAAAGCCUUUUUUGUGUCAUUUUCCUGACACUGUCUAACCAGAAGUGACUAAAUACAGUAGAUUGUGUGACUGUGUUUUUACCUGGGGACUGCUGUGAAGGCUAGCAGUGCAUACGCUGUUUCACUCUGCAGGGGUUUGAAGAAAAUGUAGUCUUGCCUCUACGGCAUCUAUACUUAAACCCCAUUUACACCUGGUGUUAAACUAAAAAUGAAUACCUGAAUAUGUAGGAUCUGAUAAUGUCCACCGCACAGCUGGCCUUGAAAUGUCUCAUAUCUGUCUAGCCUGCAUCCAGUAGACCAGGUAGCCUAUGUGGUCAGAUACUUUAUUGAAGAAAAUGGUUGGACCGAAAUGUUGUGCUUUGGGUUUUGGGAACAUGUUGUGCAAGCCAAUGUGUCCACGAAAUCUGUUUUAUACAUAUACUUUUGUAUUGGUUUUGUACAUAGUUUUUCAAAGGCAAACAAAACAUUACAUUUUUUAAAUGUAUGUGCUGUUGAAUAUUUCAAGCGAUUAUAUUUUUUUGGUGCAGGUGGUGUUCCCUCAAUAAAAAAAUAUUGACUUCACUGAA